AUGGAGGAGGUCGAACUUCAAGACACUUCCAAAACGACAACUUUGUCCGUGUCGGAUUCAAACAACAAUAACAACAACAAUAAUAAUGCGCCACCAGACAAUAAUAUUGGCCCAGAUAUUAAGAAUGCAGAGGACGCAUUCAAUAGCACCGCACAAGAGCUGGAGGACGAGUCCAGGGAGCUGAGGUCACACGAGGAGAAGAUCAAGGACAUCGAGAAUGGUGGCGACUCCUGGGAGACCGAGGAGGACUUCAAACUCAGGAAAUACUUUGAGAACUCGCAGCGUAUGAACACCGAGGUCGGUGGCAAGCCCAAGCGUAUGGGUGUCUGUCUCCGCAACCUCACCGUCGUUGGUCGUGGUGCCGAUGUGUCCGUCAUCUCCGAUAUGCUCACUCCAUUCAAAUGGGUGGCUUCAUGGUUCACUCCAUCAGGAUGGAAUAGAAAGGCUAAUGCUGGUACAACAUUCGAUAUUCUUCAUGACGUCAAUGGAUUCUGUAAGGAUGGAGAGAUGCUGUUGAUUCUCGGUAGACCAGGUGCUGGAUGUUCAACUUUGUUGCGUCUGAUCUCUAAUCAGAGAGCAUCAUAUAUUGACAUCAAGGGUGAGGUCAACUAUGGUGGCAUUCCAGCCAAGAAGUGGAAGCCAUUCCGUGGUGAGGCCAUCUACACGCCCGAGGAGGACUCUCAUCAUCCAACUCUGACGACUCGCGAGACCCUUGACUUUACACUCAAGUGCAAGACCCCAUCUCACACAGUGCGUCUCCCCGAGGAGACCAAGCUCAACUUCCGUACCAAGAUGUUUGAGCUCCUGUUGAAGAUGUUCGGCAUGGUUCACCAAGCUGAGACCAUCGUCGGUAAUGAAUGGGUUCGUGGACUCUCUGGUGGAGAGCGUAAGAGAAUGACUAUUAUGGAGGCAAUGGUGUCUUCGGCAUCGAUCACUGCAUGGGAUUGCUCGACCAGAGGUCUGGACGCUGCUUCCGCUUUGGACUACGCUAAGUCCUUGAGAAUCAUGGCCGAUACACUCAACAAGACGACAGUCGCCUCGUUCUACCAGGCCUCCGACUCGAUCUACCGUCUGUUUGAUCGUGUCAUGGUGCUGGAGAAGGGCCGUUGCAUCUACUUUGGCCCAUCCAACCAGGCCAAGCAGUACUUCUGGGACCUAGGUUUCGACUGCGAGGCACGCAAGUCCGUGCCCGACUAUCUGACUGGUGUCACCAACGCUCAGGAGCGUAGGAUCCGUCCAGGCUUCGAGGGCAAGACCCCAGAGACAUCACAAGAGUUCGAGGAGGCCUGGAAGGCCUCUCCCCUCUACACUGCCUCAGUCCAAGAGCAGGCCGACUACGAGGCACAGAUCCAGCGCGAGUCGCCAUCAGUCGACUUCAAGCAGCAGGUGCACGCCGAGAAGAGCAAGACCACUCGCAAGAGCGGCCCCUACACCACCUCAUUCGUCACCCAGGUCAAGGCGCUGACCAUCCGUCACUUCCAGAUCCUUUGGGGCGACAAGUUCUCCAUCGUCUCACGUUACUUCUCCGUCAUCGUCCAGGCCCUCGUCUACGGCUCCGUGUUCUACCAGCAGCAGAUGAACCUCGGCGGCAUCUUCAUGCGUGGCGGUGCCAUCUUCUCCACCAUGCUCUUCAACGCCUUCCUUUCCCAGGGUGAGCUGCCCAUGACCUUCAUGGGUCGUCGUAUCCUGCAACGCCAUCGCUCAUACGCCUUGUACCGCCCGUCCGCCUACCACGUGGCCCAAGUGGUCACCGAUCUGCCGUUCAUCUUUGCCCAGGUGUUCUUCUUCUCGAUCAUCGCCUACUUUAUGUUUGGCCUCGAGUACGACGCCGGCAAGUUCUUCAUCUUCAUCUUCACCCUGAUCGGCCUGUCGCUGGCGUGCACCAACCUGUUCCGUGCCUUUGGUAACUUCUGCCCAUCGAUGUAUAUCGCGCAGAACGUGCUGAUCGUCUUCCUCAUUAUGAUGGUCACCUACUCUGGAUACACCGUGCCAAUGGACAAGAUGCACCCAUGGUUCAAGUGGUUCAUCUGGAUCAACCCAUUUGCCUACGCGUUCAAGGCGCUGAUGGCCAACGAGUUCAAUCACCAGGUGUACAGCUGCAUGGGUCAAGCCAUUCCUUUUGGUCCAACCUACAACGACACCGCCUACCGUGCCUGCCCAAUCCCAGGUGCCGCCAAGGGCCAAAUGAACAUCCCAGGCGAGGCCUACCUCGACUCGGCACUCAACUUCAAGACCUCAGACAUGUCACUCAACAUCAUCGUCGUCUACCUCUGGUGGCUGCUGUUCACCGCGCUCAACAUGUACGCCAUGGAGAAGUUCGACUGGACAGCCGGUGGUUACACCCACAAGGUCUACAAGAAGGGCAAGGCUCCAAAGAUGAACGACGUCAACGACGAGCGUGCCCAGAUCCAGCUCGUCCAGAAGGCCACCGCCAACAUGAAGGACACUCUCACCCUGCACGGUGGUGUCUUCACAUGGCAAGAUAUCAAGUACACUGUGCCCGUACCUGAGGGCACUCGUCUCCUGUUGGACAAUGUCGAGGGUUGGAUCAAGCCCGGCCAGAUGACAGCUCUGAUGGGCGCCUCCGGUGCUGGAAAGACCACAUUGCUCGAUGUGUUGGCCAAGAGAAAGACCAUCGGAACCAUCGAGGGCAAGUCCUUCCUCAACGGCAAGCCACUCCGCGUUGACUUUGAGCGUAUCACUGGUUACGUCGAGCAGAUGGACGUCCACAACCCCGCCCUUACUGUCCGUGAGCAACUCCGUUUCUCUGCUCGCAUGCGUCAAGACCCCACCGUCUCCCUCAAGGAGAAGUACGAGUACGUCGAGCGCAUCCUUGAGAUGAUGGAGAUGAAGCAUCUUGGUGACGCCCUGAUUGGUGACCUCGAGUCUGGUGUCGGUAUCUCUGUUGAGGAGCGCAAGCGUCUCACCAUCGGCCUGGAGCUCGUUGCCAAGCCACACAUCCUUUUCCUCGACGAGCCAACCUCUGGUCUUGACGCCCAAUCAUCCUACAACAUUGUCAAGUUCAUCCGUAAGCUGGCUGACGCUGGCAUGCCCCUGGUCUGCACAAUCCAUCAGCCAUCCUCCGUCCUCUUCGAGCACUUUGACCGUCUGUUGCUCCUUGCCAAGGGUGGAAAGACCGUAUACUUUGGCGAUAUUGGUGAGAGAUCCAAGGUGCUCACUGGCUACUUUGAGCGCCAUGGUGUCCGCCCAUGCACAGAGUCUGAGAACCCCGCCGAGUACAUCCUCGAGGCCAUCGGAGCCGGUGUCCACGGCAAGACUAACGUUGACUGGCCUGCCGCAUGGAAGUCAUCGACCGAGUGCACUGAGGUCUACGCAGAGCUGCGCAACCUCGAGAACAACAACACCCAAGACGACUCACCCGCCCGCGAGUUUGCCACUAGCGCACCAUACCAACUGUGGGAGGUGUACAAGCGCAUGAACCUCAUCUGGUGGCGUGACCCAUACUACUCAUUCGGCCGUUUCGUCCAGGCUGCCCUGGUCGGUCUCAUCAUCGGUUUCACCUACUACGACCUCAAGGACUCGUCGUCCGACAUGACCCAGCGUAUCUUCAUCAUCUUCCAGGCACUCAUUCUCGGUAUCAUGCUUAUCUUCAACGCGCUGCCCCAGUUCUUCAUGCAGCGUGAGUACUUCCGUCGCGACUAUGCAAGCAAGUUCUAUGGCUGGUUCCCCUUCGCCUUGUCGAUUGUCCUGGUCGAGUUGCCCUACCUGCUCGUCACUGGCACCAUCUUCUUCUUCACGCUCUACUGGACCGCCGGCCUGCAGUACAACGCCGACACUGGCUUCUACUUCUGGAUCAUGUUCCAGAUGUUCCUGUUCUUCUGCGUCAGCUUUGGUCAAGCCAUGGCUGCUGUGUGCAUCAACAUGUUCUUUGCCAUGAUCAUCGUGCCCGUGCUGAUCAUCUUCUUCUUCCUGUUCUGUGGUGUGAUGACCCCACCCCAAGACCUGCCCAAGUUCUGGCGCUCAUGGAUGUACCCGCUGAAUCCAGCGCGUUACUUCCUCGAGGGUAUCGUCACCAACGUGCUCAAGCACGUCAAGGUGCACUGCAAGCCAUCCGACUUGCUCUACUUCGACCCACCCCCCGGCCAGACCUGCGGUCAGUACACCCAGGAGUUCUUCAACAACACCUUGUUCUCACCAUCCGGCUACAUUGACAACCCCGCCGACACAACCAACUGUGGCUACUGCACCUACCAGCAGGGUUCGGACUACUACAACACCCUGGACUGGACUUUCGAGAACCGAUGGAGAAACUUUGGCAUUCUUACCUGCUACUGGGUCUUCAACACUGGUUUGGUCAUCGGAUUUGUCUGGUUGACCAGAAAGGCUACCAGAUAA